UAGUCUUAAAGGUGCCACAGGACCCUCUGUUGCAUCUUGUGCAAUGGCCCUUAGCGGCUAACCCUCCUCUCUGCACCCCACGGGCAGACUUACCCCAUGGUGGUGGAGGGCGCAACGUAGCCGGAAACUAAAUCUCAUCGACAGCAACCUUGUUUAUAGACAUGCGCAGAGGUUCCACAAGGACUCCUCGUUGUUUUUGCAGACAGACUAACACGGCCCAUCAUAUCAAGCUACCACUAGAGGGAAGCAGACACCUACUUCAGUGCACUCGUUGUCUAGGGUAGGGUCUGAAGGCCCCAACUGAGAUCAGAGUCCCCACUCCGCCCAGUUAAUCUUGACUGAGAGCAGGGUAGGGCCCAUGUUGUGCCAGGCGCUGCAUGGACCCUGACUGAGACAGGGGCCCCACAGACCCGCACAGAGACCAGGGCCAGGUCCCACUGGAUGCUGCUCAGACCCUGACUGAGGUUGUGGCCCAUCUCAGGUCACGUGCUGCACAAACCCUGACCCCGGCGAGCUGUGCGCUACACCCACACAGCGAGACAGCCCCGUCCCGCAUUGCUCCCAGCCUAAGAACCAGCGGGGGGAGGGGAAAUAGAGGCUCCCGCGUUGGCAACGCUGGGAAUACUCACCCCUGUGCGGGCCUGUGAUCCGCGCCCUGCGGGGGGACUGGGUGCAACUGGCUGACCCCAGCGUGGGGUGUCGCCUGCUGUAGCCCCUUUUGCAGCGCAGAGCCCGCCCGUUUAUCUGCCCCCGUUGGCAUCGCUGGCUCUGACGGGUUAAAAGUUCAGUGUUGGGUUUGGGGCCCCCCGGUUCGUACCUCAGCACCACAAACCUGCCCGGGACCGGGUUAUCCCGCAAAUCGAAUUCCGGUGCGGGCGCCGCCGCCAACCGUCAGGCUCGGCGAGGAGACUCUUCGUGACGUCACAGCCAGCGCGGGCGGGGAUUGGGCGGGACAUCCCUCCUCCAGCUUCCGGGGCUCGCCGCCCGCGCUGCUUCCAGCUGCACAGAGCCAGGCAGGGAGCGGGAGAGAUUCGGGCGGGCGGCGAGCGACGGCGCCAUGGAGAUGGAAGGAGCAGAUGGGGCUGCAGUCCCCCCCAGCUUGGCCGAUCGCUCCCAUCGAAGCAGCAUCUCUUCCAUGUGUGCCCGAUCGCUGGAUGUCCUGGUAUAUCUGAUUGAUGAUACUGCGGUGCAGCUGAGCGUGGACAGUCUGAUGUCUGUCACUGUUCAUGAGCUACAUCGCAUCGUCCGGGAAGCCCUGCAGCUUCCUGAGUGUGCCAUGGAAGUCUUCGCUCUGUGGCUCAUCUCUCCCUUGCUUGAGGUGCAGCUGAAGCCGAAGCACCAGCCAUACAAGGUGUGCCGCCAGUGGCAGGAGCUGCUCUUGCGUUUCACUGAUUGCCAGGAGGAUGAGAUCAUGCAGGAUGAGCCUUCCCUGCAGUUCAGAAGGAACGUGUUUUUCCCGAAGAGAAGGGAGCUGCAGAUUGAAAACGAGGCUGUCCUGCGGCUGCUCUACGAAGAGGCCAAGUUCAACAUCCUGGAGGGACGCUACCCGUGUGACAUGGAAGACUGCGAGCAGCUGGGGGCCCUGGUCUGCAGGCUGCAGCUGGGGCCCUACGACCAGGACCAGCAUACGGCCUGUGCCUUGAAGGAGAAGCUGGAGGCCUUCCUGCCCGCUCACCUGUGCCGGCGGGGGCACAGCCUGCUGACGGCGCUGUGGAAGCGGGGGGCCAAGCAGCCGGCCUACGAGCAGGGGCUGCUCCAGGCCUACCAAGCAGUGCGGGAGGAGGCAGCCUGCGAGGAGCCUGAGGCUCUGCGCCAGCACUACCGGGCCUAUCUGCAGAGGUGCCACCAGCUGCCAUACUAUGGUUGUGCUUUCUUUUAUGGGGAGAUUGACAAGCCAGCCCAGGGCUUCCUGCACCGGGGAGGACGCAAGGCAGUGUCGGUCGCCAUCAGCCUGGAGGGUGUGUACGUCAUGGAUAGCAAGGAGAAGCACGUCUUGCUGGGCCUGCGGUUCCAGGAACUCUCCUGGGACCACACGUACCCCGAUGAGGAGGAGGAGCACAUCCUCUGGCUGGAGUUCGAUGGGGAAAACGAAGGGACCCUGGUCAACAAGCUGCUGAAGGUUUACUCCAAGCAGGCAGAGCUGAUGAGUGGCCUUAUCGAGUACUGCCUGGAGCUGAACGCAGCAGCGGAGGCAUCGGCCCUGGAGAACAGCACCCUCCAGAGCCCCACACUGCCACCUCUGGCCAGCAAGCAGCGCCCCAAGCUGAGACGGCAGAACAGCGUGGUCUGCAGCCGGAUCCAGCACCUCGCCACCAUAGACUACAUUGAGGAUGGUAAAGAGAUCAAGCGUGUGAAACCCAAGCGGACGGCCUCCUUCUUCACCCGCCAGUUCUCUCAUGGCCCUACCACCUACUCAGCUGUGCAGGCUCCAGCAGAGAGCCUGGAGCAGGGCUGAGUGCCGUCUUCGCUGGUGCACAGGGAGCAAUGGACCGAUCCAUCUAGGGGCAUGCCCUGUGCCCAGCACGCUGGCUCUCCUCUGAGCUAGGAUGCCUAGGUGCCUCUCUAAGUUAUUCUGUGUUAAUUUAUACCAAUGGGAUCCCACCUUGCUGCAUCGAAAGUCCUGUCUAUUCUCUCUUCUGCAGCCAUUCCAGCCUGAGCCCUCGGGUGCCUGGGCUCCUCUGGUUAUGUUGCUUUGAGUGUUCACUGCAGCUGGGCAGUGACACCCCCUCCCUCCCCUGGGUGGUGGAAGCCUCCCGGUGUGGUUCUACUGUAUCUGUGCUGGCACGCCGCCGUUGAUUUCGGUUGGCACCGAUGUACAUGAGGGGAAGAGCAGCCAUGCCACCUCGCCGAGCCAGUAUUGCUCUGAGAUCAUCUUGCCCACCCCUCCGCGCUCCUAGGCCUCUGAGAGCUGCCCUGAUGGAGAGCGCGCUCUGCAUCGUUUCUGCCCCAGAGCUCUGAGUCUCUCCUCCGGGGUGAAGUGUCCCGUCAGCACAGGCUUCACGGAGUGCAGGGCCAGAACCUGCCUGCACGUGCCCAUCAGUUCAGCACGUCAGGGUCCUGCAGCACCUCGCUUGUCCUGAGUGGGGAACUCUCCUGUCUCUGAAUGUCGCCUCCCCUUGAGGGGAGGGAUUUGUCCGGUCUCCCGCGCAGGGCGGGAAGGGCUGUGUGGUGUUGGUUCAUUCCACAUCUGAUAGAAUGUUGAGGUGUCUUGGCUAUAUCCCCUGGUGGGUCGUUCCAUUUUCAAACCUGUGUGGGAGUCGGAUGGGGAAGGGGGAUAGUGAUUCUGACAUAACCCCGCCUGCGUUUCUGGGUGAACUGAUUGCGUAGCAGCUUUAAGACCUUUUGCAAUUCAGCUGGGGGAGUCUGAUUUCAAAGCUGGCCUCGCCUCUGGUCCAUGGCUAAUUCAGUCCAGGAGAGGUAGGCACGAGGUGUUCAGUGAAGUGAAGCGGGGAAGAUUGCUUUGCUGCCGACGCUUCACUGAGAAACAGGCCUCCUGGGCCUAUCAGCUCAGGACAUCUCACCGGCCCUAAAAAUCCCUUCUUGGCUUCUGCAUCUACUUCCUGCCCCAGGAACUCAGCCUGCUUUUUGGAGGGGUUUGUAUGUAUCGCCCUUUCUGUUGAUGGGAUAUUUUUCUCGAUGGCUGGACAAGUGAGUUGCUGGUGCAGGAAAUGGGUGACUCCCCCACAUGAAGCCUUGUUCAGCUGUGAAGGAGAGACACUGGGGUAUUAACACAAAGGCUCAGUAAUUGACUGCAGCAGGUUUCCUUGCUGGAUGUGCAGCUGUUGGAAGGAACAACCUCCUUGCCUUUCUGAGGCUGCUGGUUGGUCUAGUUCAAGUUGGGUGUGGUGACAUAUGCCGGGGUCCAAACAGCUUUGCCUUAUCCAUUCAGUACAGAGAGGCUGUUUUGAACAACUCAGCCUGUGUCUGUGGUUUGGACUUGAGCCAGAGGGGUUUAGAUACACCAGCCCUGUUAACUUUAACAAGAGCUCUGCAUCUAAAUCUCUUGCUUCAUUUUUGAAAAUCUUAGCCUUAAAACCCCAGCACUGCACACUUUCCUGUGAGUGCUUUAUUUCCCUAAUGGGGAAGAGCUCUAGUGGGUGCUUAUUAAAUGACUGUGUUGCUUGUUAACCUCCCUCCCCCUUUUUAACU